GCGAUGGUAUUGCUUGUUUCUGUCUUGUCUUGUCCUGUCCUGUCUUGUCCUGUCCUGCCUUGUCCUGUCCUGUCCUGUCCUGUCCUGUCCAGACCCGACGGAAACACAGCUCGGAACCCUUCGCUGCCGGUGGGUUCGCAAAAUCCCCCAAAUCGUUUCUCCGGCCCCCUUUAUCCUAGGCGCUAUCGGUCUGCGGGUACUAGUAGGGCAGGCAGGUGGGCUAGCCGGGAGCUGUGCUGCUAGGUCGGCGCGUGCCGCUGUGGUCUUGUCUCCGUUGCGUUCUCGGCAAGCCCUGGGGGUCGCCUGGCUGAGGGGCAUGCGACGUCUUUGGUCGAACGUCUUAGCGCCGGGCUUUUUGCUAUUAGUGAUGUUGGAGAGCCUGUCCCGUUUCUCGCUGUGGUCUCUGUCUGUCUUUAUGGGUGGUUCAUGGGGCGUAUGUUGCCGCUUUUGUUAUCGAUUGUGUCGAGGCCAAAGUCAAGAGGGACGGUCGAUGUGGCCUGUAGUCGUCAACGAACGGUGUUUACCUGUCGUUGAUAUCGUGUAAGGGAGUCUCGCGCGGCGUAGGGGGCGUGAGGCCUGGGGGCUGACUGCGGAAUAGGGGGCGCGCAGUUGAUUGGCCGCCCGCCCCUCUCCCUAACC